UCUCCUCUGAGCUCAACAUUUAUCCUAACAGGUAGUUUAAAAGCUAGGCAACAGCGAGACAGUCCCUAACGGAGACCAGAGCCAGGAGGUGACUUCAUCCGCGUCCUUAUCUGAGGAUUUACACGGACGCCGCUCCCCAGCAUGCUGAGCAGAAAGGGCUCCUGUGCGGGCAUGAUGAGUGCCGCAGCCGGAGUGGACCGCUCCAGGGUCGGGGAGAGGCUGCAGGCAGCCCUGGCCGGGCUGCAGGAGCUGCAUCUGCUGAAGGACAGGCAGGGCGACAUGGUGAGCUGGGCGCUGAAAAUGGCCCGGGAGAAGCCGGUCAGCUCCGUCCAAGCAGGCCCGGAGAGUCCCGCGACGAGUCCCGGGGCCGAGGAACAGCGGCUGGAGGCGACCCUCACAACCCUGAAGCAACAGCUGUCUCGUCUUCGGAAACAGGAUGUUGGCCUCAAGACUCACUUGCAGCAUCUGGACCACCAGAUCAGUGAGUUGAAGCUGGAUGUUAGCAAAGCCUCCACGGAGCAGAUGGAGAAUGACAGCAGGCCGAGUUCAGGUUUCUAUGAGCUCAGUGAUGGUGGGUCUUGUUCGUUGUCCAACUCGUGCACCUCUGUGUACAGCGAGUGUCUGUCAUCCUCCCAGACGAGCCUUCUCCUCUCUCCCAUGAGCCCUGCUAAUUCCCACAUCAGCCCGCCAUCCCAAGUAGACAUAUUCCGCCGGCGUUCUGCCGAUGAGAGCGCUACCCAGGCCAGCCCUCAGCGGGCCACAGGGCUCCAUCUCGGCAGCAGCAGGAUCCGAGCGAGCACCGAAAAGGCUAGACCAAGGCCCGUGUCAACAGGUGAUCUUGAUAGGAUGAUGGCUCAAGGUCCAAGCUUCAACAAAUCUGUGGAUGCAAAAAAAACCUUGUUGUGCUCAAACCUGAAGACCUCUCUUGUGGACCCCAAGUUCCACAGCAACCUGGUGUCCCGCAGUGGGACAGAAGUGUACCACUACCCGAGCCCCCUGCACGCUGUUGCUCUUCAGAGCCCAAUCUUUUCCCAUGGGGGAGACCCAGCCACACCUGGACUUCUAGAGGGGCAAGGACCCCUUACCGAGAGCGGUUCAGACAGCCUCCAAAGGGCACAAAUGGGUUAUGAGACCAAGACCCCGUGUUACAUUGACAAGCUCCUCCUGCGCAGUUUAAGCAAAAUCCAGAGUGAAACAGGUACCGAAUCUCUGCAGACACAUGGUGACCAUCGCAAGAGGCCUACUGAAGUUUUAACUGGGUUCCCUGAAGUGUCUCUGAGAGACUUGUCUAUGCUGCAGCCUCUUACAGCCCAAACAACAGACAUAACCACACUAGACAGCGACCAGAGGAGACACUGCACGGCAUUCUCCAGCCAAGAGCCAGCUGAUAAGGCAAACCACAAUCAGUCAGUUAGAGCCCCAGAGUUUUCAUGCCGAUACUCCUAUCCUGCUGGCACGGGGGAUUACAGUGCUGAUGAGGUCACCCCUUUAUCUCCAAGGAGGAAUGAUAAACCGCACCGAGAACUUGCUAAUGUAGCAAGAGGCAAUCCAGAUUCCAUUUCCCUAGAGAGAAAGGGCCAUAGGCAAAGAUCAGAGAUGGCCCGCAGCUCCAGCAUAGAGGAGAGUCAAAGCUUUGAGGGUCACACAGCUUCCCCUGAGUUUGUCCAUGCCAAAUUUGUCCCUGCCGGUUCUCAGAGGGUCAAGGUGGACCAGGGAGAUCGUAAAACCAAAGCAGUGAAACUGAGAAGAAAACUCAGUGAGAAGCCGCGAGCAAUGAAGCAGCAACAUGGCGGCUACUCCUCGGGUGAAAGGAUCAGAGAGGCCAGUGGUGCAACCAAGGGGGAACCGAGAAGAUCAGGAAGAGGAAAAACUACCCAGAAAGUUACCAUCUGUCACACAGAGGAGCGCAGACAGGGCUCCGGGUCUGACUCCAGCCACUGUAGCCCAGGGUUCAUGUACACCCACAAAGUCUAUCCUAAGCCACAUCCCAUCCCUGCUGUUACAAAGUCCAGCAAAAGCCGCAGACUACAGGGCCUUGGGUACGAGCAGCCUGCAGAGCAAAGGAAGAGGAGGCAGGGGGCUCCCAAAUGGCCGUCUGAUGUGGAGAUGUUCCAGGCCUCAUGUGUUCAGCAUCACGUUCAGGCCCCAGGGAGCAUGCAGAUGGUCCGCAGUACCAAGUCAGGCCAGUGGGUUGGACCUCAUCGCUCCUUCCAGUCCUCUAACACCUUCCUCCACAAUCUCAAUGCCAGAUAUCCUCCAGCAGCCUUCAGCAUCUCGAGCCACUACCCACCCAGAUGCGAGUCCGAGUACUCGGCCGAAUGUGCAUCAUUGUUUCACUCCACCAUUGCUGAAAGUAGCGAGGGGGAGAUGAGCGAUAACACCACCAACCGGUUUGGUGAUAGCGAGACAAGCCAGAGCUUCCAGUCCUUCUCGGACUCUGACAGCAGCCUGUCCCCGGACGAGGAGGACCAGGUGGACGGCCAGGAAGAGAGAGGUCUGGUGUGGGCUGACGCUGCUCUGGGACCCACCGCAGCUGGACGGCCCCUUCAGCAGCUCCCAUGCCCCGAGCCAUCAGCCUGCCGCAUCAAAGCUUCCCGAGCCCUGAAGAAGAAGAUUCGUCGGUUCCAGCCGGCGUCCCUGAAGGUCAUGACCCUGGUGUAGCGGACUUCCCCCUGGGCAGAGUUAGAAGUUUUGGGAAAACACAAGGGCUGUGGGAAAUGCUUUCAAAAUUGUUUGGAAACCUGGUCUUUGACCUCAACACCCUUAAUCAUCACUGAAAAGCAGCAAUAAAACAGAACUGUUUCUGUGCAAUGAUUGUUUAGUUAAAAUAACGGUCAAACGUUAAACUGUACACAAUGUAUGAAAACAAAUAUGACACAAUUCCUUCUCAGCUGUAAAUACUUAUGUUGUAUUUACAGUAUAUAAUGUGGCUGUAUUGACAAUUUCAUGGACAUUUCUGCAUUAUUAAUUGUAUGUUCCUAAGAAAUAAAAACGUCUUUUU